UUUUCAUUUUCUGUUUUGGUUGAUUUUGUUGUUGUUGAAAGCAAGCGAAAAUGGUGUUGAAUCCAAUGUAGAGGGAAAAGAAAGCGUAAUACGAUCAGAAACUCUGUCGUCUCCUCGAUGAGUACUCCCAGGUACUGGUGGUGGCCGCCGAUAACGUGGGAUCCAAACAAAUGCAGAACAUCAGGAAAGGAUUUAGGGGUGAUUCCGUUAUUCUCAUGGGCAAGAAUACUAUGAUGAAAAGGUCCAUUAGGAUUCACGCUGAGAACACCUGCAACGAUGCUAUCAAGAACCUCAUUCCUUUGCUCGCUGGUAAUGUGGGGUUCAUCUUUACCAAGGGUGAUUUGAAUGAAGUUCGUGAAGAACUUGGGAAAUACAAGGUUGGAGCUCCAGUACGUGUGGGUCUCGUUGCUCCAAUUGAUGUUGUUGUUCCCCCUGGCAACACUGGUCUUGAUCCUUCUCAAACAUCAUUCUUUCAGGUGCUCAACAUUCCGACCAAGAUCAACAAGGGUACGGUCGAAAUCGUGAAGGCAGUGGAGCUGGUUAAGAAGGUUGAGAAGGUUGGUUCAUCCGAGGUAGCCCUGCCUUCGAAGCUCGGGGUAAAGCCAUUCUCUUAUGGACUGUCUGUGGUAUCUGUAUACAACAAUGGGACGGUGAUCAGCCCUGAGGUGUUGGACCUAACUGAAGAUGAUCUUAUGGAGAAGUUUACGGGUUGGCUCUCCAAUGUCGCUUUCCUUUCGCUGGCAGUUACGUUCCCGACUCUUGCUGUCGCGCCUCAUAUGUUUAUUCAUGCCUACAAGAAUGCUCUGGCUCUUGCAGUGGCUACUGAGUAUACCUUCCCUCAGGCUGAGAAAGUCAAAGAAUACCUCAAGGAUCCGAGCAAGUUUGUUGGAGGGGGUGCAGCUGCUCCGGCAGAUUCGGGUGCAGCCAAGGAAGAGAAGGUAGAAGAGGCAAAGGAGGAGUCCGAGGAAUCCGAUGAGGAUCUUGUUACUGGUCUUUUUGACUAAGAAAUGGUGAAUGAGUUUGGAAUUGGAGGGGAGAUACUACUAGUAUUAUCUGAGCUUAGAGGUAAAUAAUGGAUUUUGCAUCCAA